GUUCCACCAUUUUUGGGAUCAGUUGGUAUACUGCCAUGGCUGCAUGUCUGCGUUUGCAGCAACCAGCGCAAUCAGCAGAUGUGGCCGGCAGCUGCAGUGGCAGCAGGCCCUGGAGAUUUUCUGGCAGCUGCCCGAGGCAGCCGCCGACACUGCGCUCUACAAUGCGGCCAGUGCGGCUUGCGAGCGUGCCGGGCACUGGCAGAGGGCCCUGGAGCUCUUCUCUGGGCUGCUGGCCUCCGCGCUGCGCCUGGACCGCAUCAGCUACAGCACAGCCAUUCGGGCCUGCCGACGUGCCGGCGCAGCUGGGGCAGCACUUCACUUGCUGACGCAGAUGCGAGCGGCAGGUGUUGAGUCGGAUGUCAUCGUCUACAAUGCUGCCAUCAGCACCAUGGGUCAACUACCAUGGCAAGAGUCACUUCGUUUGAUGGCAGAGAUGGAAGCCUCGUUGCUCCAGCUGGACAUCAUCACUUACAACUCGUCCAUUGACGUAUGUGGGGAAAACAGCGAGUGGCGGAUAUCGCUUCUUCUGCUGGACGAUGCGGCCCAUCGCAAGCUUCAACCAGAUGCGAUCACCUACAACACUGCCAUAAGCUGCUGCGAGGAUGGAGAGGUAUGGCAGCAGGCCUUGCGCAUGCUGGAUGAGAUGCAGCAGAAGCACAUUCGAGCAGAUGUCUUCUCCUAUAGCACAGCGAUCAGCGCAUGCGGCAAAUGCUUCUACUGGCAAGAGGCCCUUGUGCUUUAUGCUGCGAUCUCAGCCUCGGAGUGCUGGCGCAGGCCAUGGAUGAAGGCCUUGAAGGCAACCUGGUAACCUGCAACGCGACCUUGACCUGCUGCAAGUGGCGCUCCGCGCUGCUUUUGCUGCGCAGCACCUCGCUGCGAAAGCUGCGCCCAGGUGUCAUCUCCUUCAACACUGCCAUCGGCUCAUGUGCAGACAGCUGCCGGGAGA